AUGGCAAGAGCAAUCCUGCGACUGCUCUUUCUCGCCUCGCUGUGCGCGACGGUCGCCGCCGCCGACGACGCUGCGUGCAAGUAUGGGUACUACGGCCCCAACCUCUCGGUCUACACGGCGGACGAGUGCUGCGGGCCGAUUUUGCCCGGCGGUAACGCGUCGUACUGCGUCAUCAACUCGACCAACUGCGAGAUCCUCGUCAAUAUUACCAUGGAAGGCCGCACCAAGCUGCCGCGCUUCAACGCGAUCGGCGAUCUCUCCCGGUCCCUUGUCGCCUACAUGAAGUACGGCAACAAGUCGCUUCUUGUCAUGAAGGGCAUGGCCUUCCCCAAGACCCUCACUACUUUGUACGCAACGACAUGUUGA